GAAAUUGUUAACUUAUUGUUGUUUCUCAAUAUUUGUCUUCUGAUUUGUUCGCAUAACAUUCAUGACAAAAUGUAUGCAAUAUUUAUCAAAUCAUUACGGCGUUUUGCGUUGCAUUAAAAAAAAAAUCAAUUUGUUAGUUUGCAAAAAAAAUAUACCUUUCAUUGUUGUGGGCUUUUAAUUGGAUGUUGUUAUAAGGUUUUUCCAAAAAUAAUUUGACUUGUAAUUUUUACUAAACGUUGUUGUAGUUAUAAAAUUUACUUGAUUUUAAUUGACGUUAAUGAAAAUAGUUAGACAAAAUGACAUCGCAGAAUACAAGUAUAUUUGAUGUACAAGACGAUAAAGAAAGUUCUAUUAUGUUUACUAAAGAAAGGGGAUGCUCAUUUAUUGAAAAUUGGGCGCAUAACGAAUACGGAAUUCGAUCAGAUUUUUAUGCCACAAUUGAUUCCUUACCUGAAAUCCCUUCGGAUGAUCGACUUUCAAGCAACUUUCUUAUUGGAAUAAGUAUGCAAAGUAUGAUUUUAGGUACCAGUCUUCUCAGUGUUCCUUACUGUGUUAAAUUAGCUGGAGUAUGGGGAAUCACAUUGAUUUUUUUAAUUGGUUUUCUUACAACUGUUACUGCCGAUAUGCUUGCGCAAUGCCAGUAUCAAGUAAGUCGAAGAAAAUUUAAUAAGCGUGUUUAUUCAACUUUUGUCGAUAUGUGCACGGCUUGCUUUAAAACAAAAGGGACAUAUUUGAUGGAAUUUUUAGUUUAUUUAAGCUUGGUUCGUAAUGUCGUUGUCAUCAUUUUACUAUCUGAUCUUACUGACGAAAUAAUUAAAACAUUUUCGAAUAUGCACUAUGAUAAAAAAGUGCUUCCGAUUUUAUGGACACUUGCUGUCCUUCCACUUUUAUUUAUGUCAAAAGUUUCAAAGUUAGCUUGGUUCACGUUUAUUGGAAUGAUACUUUAUCUAUCAUCUAUUGCUUUCAUGCUUGGAAUAUUCUUGACUACUACUCGCUCGUGGUCUCAUAUCUCUAUUUCUUCACAUUGGGAUUUUAAAGAUGUUGGAAUAGCUAUUGGAAUAAUAAUAAAUUCUUAUGCUGUUCAUAUGAAUCUACCGUCUCUUGAGGGAAGUAUGAAAACACCUACUUCUUACAACUGCGUUACCAAUGUUAGUUUUGGGUUAAACGUGGUCAUUAAAUUGAUUUUUGGCGUUUGUGGUUAUUUGGCUUACAGUAUCAAUACAUUUGAUGAAAUUACGCGAAACAUUGAUACUCAAAGAUUUUUUAUAUUAUCGUAUAUUAUAAAAGGAUCUCAAAUUGUUUUUGCUUAUUUUACAAUACCUCUUCAAAGUCACGUGGUUUUUGAGCUUAUGGAUUUAAAUUUUAGACAUCAUUUCCCAAUUUUUUUUGGCAGAGAUCAAUGGUGGACACUCCUUUCUCGUUUAACAAUAAUGACGGCUUUGCUUUUAAUAGCAUUGCUUAUGCCUCAUUUUGGCCUUGCAGUUAGCAUAAUCGGAAGUGUUCGUGGAAGUCUUAUUGCACUUGUUCUACCCCCUCUAUUUUAUAUUAAUUUAAAAACUCACCCUAUGUCUAAAAUCAAAUUAUGUUUUUGCUAUGUUACUGCAGGUUUUGGUUUAUUGCUUGGUACUGUUGGCCUUUACUCAUCUAUUUAUAAGUUAGUAGUUGGUACAAAAUAGAUAAAAAGCUUACAACUUGUGCUUGUGUUUUGUAUAAAGUUGGCGAAUCUCGAAACUUUUGGCAGAAAGAAAAAUCUUUGCAAAAUCUUAUAAAUACGCUAUGUGAAAAAAACUUUACAAAACUUUUGCUUGCUACUAAUAACUUUUUUAUACGUGUUGACCUUAGUUGUAUAUAAAAUUUAUAUUUAAUCAAGGAAAUAGCUUUUCUAUAUCAUUUUAUACAUAAUAUUAGGUAUAUACUAAUCAUCAAUAAAACAUAUAAAACAUAAAGUAAAUGAAUAAAAUU